GUGUCGCUUCAACCCGUAGAAUAUUAUAAUAAGUUGCCUUCGGAACCCAAUGUUGAACGAGUUAUAGUUUUAGAACCAUUGAUAGCUACAGGAGGAACUGCUGUUGCUGCAACCAGUAUUCUUAAAGAUUGGGGCAUUAAAACAAAAAUUAAAUUUAUUACUGUAUGCGCAUCACGUCAGGGUCUUGAAAAGUUAAUGCAACACCAUCCAGACGUUGAA